AUGGUUUUCUCGCCGUUGACGCCGCAAAAAUCGCCGCUUGAUGCCAAGGACGAUUUGCUUUUCCGUGGACCUACCGGUGAGAAGUCGUGGUUGAUCAAGGGGAAUUAUUCAUGAAUGAAUUUUAAUCAUUGUGAAUAGAAAAUAUGGUCGCUUUCAAAGUGAUAUUAUAGUCUAUGUAGACGGAAUCGAGAGGCGAGAUUUUCAAGAAUACAGUAGUAAGUGAGAGAUCGGAACUGAUCCUAUCAAACUGAACUUGAAGGGUUUUUGUCCACUGCAUUAGUACUGGCUUGAAAAAAAAGUUUCUGUUCGAUAAAAAGUCAGUUUUGAAGUGAAAUAAUGGUUGGCAAAAAAACAAUUUGAAAAUGAGAUACCGUACAGCUACAGUAGUAGCGGGUUGUGGGCGCGAUGCGGUUUUUGGGAGCAGAUGCUCAAAACUUGAUUCGAAAAGUAAAUAUACAUCUCAAUUUCUUCUAUACAAGGAGAUUUUUGCAGAUAAUGAACAACGGGAGGUUUACGAAGCGGCGAUGGUGAUCCAGCGGGCUUACCGAGAAUAUAGGUAACUUCGUAUCAUUCUUCUCAAACACUAAGUCUCUUAUUUCAGAGCUCGCAACACUUCGCGACGUCAAGCCGAUGCCGAAAGAAACGCCGCCGUCACCAUUCAAUGUUGCUAUCGGAGAUAUAAGCAGGUUCAUUUCUUUUCCCACGUUAAACUGUUUUCACUUGAUCAAGAUUAAUGAUUUAUUCACCGGGGUGGAGUUCAAUUGAGUAGAAAAAACUAUACUCUCAAAAAAGGAGGCUCAAAGGUCAGUUGGAAGGAAAGUAUUAACGGGGAGACAGUCUUAGGAAUGUUAGAGUGGUCCCUAUAUGGUUUAGGGGUCAAUAAAUUCCUUAUAUGGGCGAAAAAGUGAUCCCUGAAAGAUUAAAUAUUUUGAUAUAAUUUUUCCAGUUUUGUUACUUCAAGAAGCUUCACAACGCGGCGAUCGUCGUUCAGAAGCAUUUCCGGAUGCGGAAGGUCUUUUGAACUCAUCUUGAAUCAGAUUGAAACGAAAAUAUUCCAGAAGGACGACAAGGAAGAGGAUCCCUGUGAGAAAGACAGUGUUCCAGAACAUCCGACUUUGGACGGCCAAAGCAUCCGGAUUCAGGUAAAGAAAAGUUUUGGGGAACCUCCGAAGCAAUUAUUUUUCUGGUUCAAAUAUACGACUCACUGUGGGUUUAACAAUCGAAAAAAACCACUACAAUCUUUUAGAGUAGGUUUUCAAGUAAAGGGAGUUUUUCUAUUAAAAACUGAGUUAUAAUUAAAAACAGUUUUCAAGACUUUCGAGGAUGAACCUCAGAAAAAUACCAGAUCAAAGUUCUUGUCGAAGUAGAAAAGAUUGGAUAAAAUUCAUAAAGAGUUGAAUAUUUAAGUUUCAUAUAUAUUUGAAUUUAGUCAGUUUAUUUGUCGACAGGGGCGACCUACUAUUAUCAAACAAGGAAAAGCAAGAUUAUUGACUUCAGGUUCCACAGAACAACUCGACGCUUCUGCGGCAACACCGCGCCGCCACCACGAUCCAAUUGGCCUACCGCGGUCACCGGAAACGACAGGCGGCCGCCCGGAAAAUCCAGAAAGUUCAUGAAGCAGAGCCGCAAUAAGUAUGUCCUUUUUUCUCACCGGGCUUCGUUUCUAUUAGGGGAAACUAUGUAAAGCUCUUUGUCGCAAUCAUCCGAAUUUUUAGACAUAUCAGUUCAAUCAACACUACGAAAUGUAACUGUAAAAAUACAAAAAUAUAUUAGUUAAAUCAAAACCGGAUAGUGACAUCAUUGAAAAAGGGUGAUUUUCGUGAGUUUUCAAGGCUUGAAAAAUCAACAAUAUUCAAAUUUUAGUUGUUUUUUUCUCUCAAUUUUAGUAAAGAAAAUGUUUAGUCGACUUUGAAGUUUCUAUUUUCAAAUUAACAAAGUUAGUCUGCCUCUUCAAAAUUAUUUCACUGAAGCGGUUAUAUUAAAAGUCAAAAAACCAUUGAAUUUCCCUUAAGUGGCCACUUAAAAAACGUUGAUUGCGACAAAGAGUUCCCACAUCGAGACUCUUCAUUUUACCUGUCAAUGCAGUGAUUAUGGGCUGGGGCAACCUGUUUUUUUUCUUCUGUUCAUUUAGAUGAAAUGAAUAAUUUUUCCUUCCAACAAACGAAAUAUUCAGUUUGAAUGCCGAUGACGCGCAGUUCAAUGUAAGUGUGGAAAACAAAAUCAAUGUGGUACUGUGAAAUGUAUCGUGAUCGUAUUUUUUCGUUCUCUUUGAACUUUUGGUUACAUUAUCCUAUAUAUAUAUAUAUUGUGUGGUGAGCAUCAAUUUUUCUCAGCUUAUAGAUUGAUUUUUGAGGAAUUGAAGAAAAUUCGCGAUUUUCCAGGUUGCGGAAAAUGCAUGUGCAAAACGGGGACGAUUCGUGUGUGACGACAAUCAACAGAAACGAGGUUCCAAAUUUUCCUAUUUUGAUGGAAAUUUAGUAUUGAAGAUUCUCGUAGAGCGUACAGUCUGAUUUUAUUUUUUGCUGCUGAAGUAACCCUGAACUCUGUGGAUUUAUCUUUUUUAUUUUAAUGAUAAUUGUCAGAAAAAUUGACCAUAAAAAUCAAAUUGGUUUUUUUAUUAUUGAAUCCGUAUUUCAGCUUCAUUUUUUGUUCGGUCAGCUUGUAGGAGUAGGAUUGCAGAAAAAGAGAAUUCGAAAGUUUUCCUUCUUUAAAUUCUGUCGUUUUCAAUUCCAACUUCCUAAGCCCUUAUGUGGCUCACCGAUUAUUCCCGAAAAUGGUAAUUGGCUCAAAUUUGCUCUCCAGACGUAGGGAUCAUUAAUCAAGCUGACGCUACUGAAGUGGUCACUAGAAAUGCUCCGACUCGCCCAUUUCGCGUUACCAGGAUCGAGUCCAUAUAGCUGAUUCACGGCCGGCAUGAGCCAUCAAAGAAAGGGUCCUGACACGAUAAUAAAAGAUAUAGUGACUGGUUUGUGGAGAGCGCAGACACGCCACGCCCUAGUUAACCGUGAAUCAGCUACAAGAGUCUUUCAUACGUAGUUAUUACAAUUUUCCAACAUAAUGUACGAUGUUAGGCCAUUAACCUUUUCUUGGGUAAACGUUGUAAAUACGUAUACCGUUUACUUGCAUUCGAUGCUUGGCUAACAAAUCUUUCCAGAACGAAUUGGGAAUCCAUCGACGUGGUUCUAUUGCUCAGCCGAUCUCGGAGCCAAUGCAAACAUCGCCGUUGAUCAGUUCGCUGCAAAUGAAUGGGUUCGUCUGGUUUCAACCCGGACUAAUUGAACCCAACCUUUUCCAGGACCAACUGAACGAAUCGAUGGUUUUCGUCGUAGCCAACUCCAUGUAACCCCGACCACCUUGUAGAUAGCCCAUAUCAGAUUUCUAUGCUUUGUUUCCAAUUUUCUCUUUUUUCAAUCUUCUUUUUCUUGUUCCAUCCAAAUACGUGUUGAUCGUCACUAUCCAUCUGGUCAAUUCAAAUCUUAGCUCAUUUGAUUUCUAAUUCCUAUUUUUGUUCCGCUUCGAAGAGACCCUAUAUGAUUGUAAUGUGCAGGUUUACCCGAAGAAUCCCAGUUCCUCAAGUGAUAUAUAAAUUGGCGUGGAGAAAGUCUAAUAAAUCGUUUUAUGCGCGACGCGCAAACAGUGAAACUUUUCUGAUAUCCCAAACGGAUAUGUGGUUUUUCGAUCAAUCCGAUCCUACUACUUGAAGUUUGAAAGAAAAAAACGAAAUGAGAAAAGACGUUUUAUUCACGUUUUGUUACUCGGGUUUAAAAUUUGUUGGAGACUUUUGUGAUUUUUGAUGUUUAUUUUAUUCGACGGAUAUUUAUGUUCGUAUAAUUUUUAGAAUCAAACCCUUUUUUUGAGCUGAAUUUUUUUUCUAGAUCUGAAGUAAAAAUUGCAAAAUUUCCUGGGCUAAUUUUUCAUCUUUGAAAAAAAUUAUUGUAUGAUCAAAGCAUUUACUCACUUUCAGAGAAUCGUUUGAAAAAGCUAUGUGAUAAAAAUUUUUUUGAACUCUGCUAACGACCUAAAAAUAAAAAGCAGUUGAAAAAAAGUGUAAGCAUGGAAAAAUUUUCUUCUCGAAAACGUUUUCGGAAGUGUUAAAGUUUACAAAAAUGGAGCUUCGCUUGAAUCAAACCUGAAAAAAGUUUUUAGCUUCGAGAUUUAUUCGAAAUUGGUCUUUUUUGGCUAUUUUAAACACCUCAUCAAACUGUUUCGAAGUGUCAAUUUUUUCAGUCUGCCGUGCAGUUCGACUCCAAUUUGCCCUUCCGUCGAAUGCCUAAAAACGGCGUUAAUCGAAUUACUCGACGUGAUGAGCGUUAUCAAAUCGAAGCGGGAUUCUGGCGGAAAAACGGUGGGAUUUGCUUUGUUCACCGGGAAGAAAGGGAGAAUGGCGGGCCCGAAGAAGCCGCGGAGAGGAGGAACGGCCGUCGUGGAUGAUCCUGCUAGCCCAAAAACGGGGUCACGCCUUCUCCCUCUGGUUAUCGAACACUUUCAAUCGCUUCUCGCCUCAUCCACUCCCUCAAAUCUUCUUUUUUUUCUCUCUUCAUGUUAAUUUAUUCAAAUUUGAUCCUGUAACCUGUUCAUAAAAGAAAUUUUUCCGGGGCUUAAAAUCUCUUGCAUAGCUUAACUUUACACUAAAAGUUGUUUUCCGCUUUGGAAAAUCCAUGAAAAUUGCGAAUUUUGCUUUGAAUAUUCUAGAAAAAUCCCUUUUUUUCUUCCUUCAUAUUGAUUCGGUUAGAUUUCAUUCUAAAGUCUAUUCGAAAAAAAAAUUUGCCGGGGUUUUUGAUGAAGUCACUGAAAGCAGCUUUCCGCUUUCGAAAAUUCAUAAAGUUUGCGAAUUUUAUUUUGAAUAGUUCCUGAAAAUCUUUUGGACACACUCAUCUAUAUUCAAAUUUUUGUUCAAAAACGUAAUUUUGUGUUCAAAGUGAUGCCGCGAAAUUCAAAAUAGCCAUCAGAGAAUGAAAAAGAUAACUAAAUUUUGGAGAGUUACAUAUUUUACGGAAAUUACUUUGCACACGGCUUUAAUUGGCUUAGCUUGUUCCACUUGAAUUCAAUCGUCAGAAAAAUAAAAGGCUCUGCUAAGUCUAGUUAGAUUCUCAGGAAGCCUUCCUGAACGAACGUCUGAACUCUUCUCGACAGCUUUUUGUAGUUUUUAACCUAAUUUUGAAAAUGAUUUUGCGUAUUUUCAACAUUUCUGUUAGAAACCGGUCAUGACUUUUUUAAAUGUAUAAGUUUAGGUAAAAUAUGAUACGAAGGCUGGGUGAGCGGAGCUAUAGAGCCGAAAGUCCGUCGCAGUUUUCUACCGUAACCGACGUCUCUAUACCUCAUUCGGAGGUCUCCCUACCAACUGUCGAUUACUCAAAGGUAUUUAUCACACUUGAAACAAAAUCUAUCACUUGACUUUCUUACCUGGUAAGACUCGCUCACAAAUCAUUCCAGUGUGAAGUUUUGAAUUUGCUAUAGCCUUUCCGAAACACUCUGGAAGGUACUAUUAAAGGUUUGCUACCUACGCGAAUUUCUAUUAAAUUCUUUAAGAAAAAGUCGUUUUUUUAUUAAUGCAAAAAAACGAGUAUUCGAAAUGAAAGUACCUCGCGUAGCCGUUUCGAGUCUUAAAAUAUUAGUGAGCGAAAUUUGGAAAUUUCUAUCUCCAAAACUGAAAAUUUUGCCAGUGAGCUAUAGAAAGACUCCCCCAAAGUUUCAGCGACAAAUCUGAAAAUCCAAAAAGAAUAUUAGACUGGAAAAGGCUAUCAGAAUUUUAUUUUUCAAAAACCUUCAAAAAAAUUUGGAGAAAACUCGAAAAUUUUCACACAAAAGACCUUUUUUCAGGACGAUUGCUUAUCGUGGUCGAGUACAAUUGGAGAAGAAGCGGAUGACGUAACGAUCUCUUCUGAAGAACCGAAACCCCACGAACGGAUCGUUUCGAGGGAGGAAAUAGCCAAAACCGAAGAAGCCUUGUGCAAAAAGGUAUCGUUUUCUGAGAGGAAGACUUCAUUUCGAAUUCAACACAGCUCUCUCUUAUCGUUGACUUGGUCACCGAUUUCACGAACGACGCGACGCGAGCCAAUGAAAGCGCAGAAGAUCUUCUCAACGAACUGAGGGUUCCUUUUAUGUUUCCUUAUUCUUAAUGAAAAUGUAUGAACUUGAUUGGAGAGCAAUGAUUUGAUUUAUUCAGAUUGAUUGAACUUUUUUGUGACUUCUGUGAGAAUAGCAAAAAAAAGCUUCAGUUUCUGAGUUAUUACUGUCUUUUUUUCUGAAAAAGAAAGGAGAAUAAAAAAAAUCUUCUGAUAAGAAUUUUUUGAAACAAACAGAACUCGUGAAUUUCAAUAAACUUUGGGAUCAUUUUCAGCUGCAAUAUUGAGAAUAAUUUUUAUAACUUCUCUUUUGCGCUUUGGAGAUCAAGUUUCAUCAAUUUCACAAUCAGUGAUUCUAUCUUCGGCAAAGGCCAUAAAGCAAAUUCUAAUAAUUUAUGCCACAAAAUUAUCGAAGAAUUCUCGUUUUUUUCUCAUUAUGAAAAAAGUUCAGACAAAAGUGCGUGUCUACCUGCAAUACCUGGACGUCGAGAUGAAAGACGCCGAAUUUCUGCUUCGGUUCAACGUCGACCGGUCGACGAUCUGCGACGAUAGAAUCGACUGGCUUCUUCAUUUCACCAAGUGCCAUGUUUGUUCCGUCAUCUGAUAAUUUUGGGAGCUUAAAAAUGAAUUUCAAGCAAUGUUUGAGAAAGAAAUACGAUCUUUUGGGUUGAAGUUUUCUUCGAACGGGCUUUCUUACAAUGAAUUGUAUUAUUUUCAUCAGUUCUUCCUAUCUUGCCAUCGACAUUUUCAAAUUUUUUACAAUGAAUCAGAUUUGAUCCGUCUCAAUCAAAAAGUACUUUUCUCAUCAAAACCAAUGUAUUUUCCAGAAAGAAAUGCGAAGAGUGUUAGAAGAGCUUUCGGAAGACGUUUGCGGCGACCUAGAGGAAUGCCUUGACCUUCGAAAAAGAGGUUUUACUCUUUCUCAUAUUGAGUUUUGAAAAAAACGUCCAAAAAUCUCAAUUUCCAGCAUUGAAAAAUUGAAACUUCAGGAAUAGUCGGCAAAAAGCCAAAACCAGAGACUCUCAACAUUCUUUCGAGUAUGCAAGAAGGAAUGCGCGUCGCCACCCAACUUCUUUGCGCAACUCAACGGCGACGUGGAUAA